UUUGUUUGGUUCAUGCGGGUGACAUACCGGACCACGUCUGAUUCCUCGUCUGAAACCCACCGUUUCAUGCCUCAGUACGAAUUCCGAGCACCAAACGAUUCUCCUCAAAUUCUUUUAAGUUCCACAUACUUCUAUCUCUGUUUCACCCCUCAAGUCACAUCACAAUCCUGAUAAAAUAUCUGACCAACAAGCUCAGCUCCCAGCGUCUCUCCAGACUGAUAUCCGUGCUAGUGUAUCUACUCAACUUCACUGUCUCGCCCUUUCUCUGAAGCUAAAAUCAUGGCUCCUUCAGGCUUCUUGAGCUCCUUUCGUCGGCCUUAUAAGCCUUAUUCAAGAGAUGGGCCCAUUGAGGCCCAAUCUAUAAGUGAAGGGAUGAAUAUUCCUUUCAAAGCUCUAGUCCGCUGCCGAUGUCCCCUCUGUCCUAUCGCUGGCAAGGUUAUGCAGUACCGAACAUGGCUUGACCACCGCGACCUCCUCCCCCUUCAGGGACCCUUGGAUCAUUUGUUACCGCAGUCCCAUCAAUCGCCUCGCCCAUUCACAACGACUCCUCUAGCUACCAACGAGCCCUUUGGUUCUCAUCGUCUCCCGGCCCCUACCAUUUCUUCUACACACGCCUCUCCUUCUAUCGAUAAUCAGUUAUUAACGUCGACAGAGGGUCAUCUACAACAAGGGUCAUUUGAAAACACCCAGCAGGAGAACGGGGAUGGAGCGGAAGGCUGUUCGAGUCCCCAAGACGGAGCCAAUGGGUGGUUUGACAUAGGGUGGGACCUCCCGCCUAUCGUUGUGGAUGAUGUGGACAGUGAUCAUGAUAACCGUCUCAUGGGACUCCUGUCAAGAUGGCCAACGAAGAUCCCCGAGUGUUUAAUCCCCUCCUACUCCGGUCGACAUGAAAGCCCGUAUCGCCUUGACUUCGAACUCUUUUCAGACAGCCCGCUGGCAACGAUGCCUCUUCUCUACAACGUUCUCGCCGCAUUCAUCGUCAUGCUUACAGCAUUUGCUGGUAUAGCCCAGCGUUUUGGUGACAUGACAAGGGCUAUUGUCGAAGUCAUCAUCAAGUUAGCUAUUACCGAAGAUCGGAAGGCAAUGAGAGCGUCUGUUCUGGAAGCGGCAGAUCUUCCUGAACCUCAGCGACGAAAGGUACUCGAGCUGCUUGAUCGCCCUAUCGAGACGUCUGCCUCCGAACUGCAGAAGAACGUCAAGUCAGUCUACAAACACCUCGAUAUCAACCCAACCCUCAUUGUCAACCCGAAAUGUCCUACCAAAGACUGCCAAGCUACCCUCUUCCAAAUCACCAACAGCGAAGGGCUUGUCGAUCUUCCAGACAAGUGCCAUGAGUGUAAUACCCCUCUCAAAGAGGCGGGGAAGGUUAUGGCGCAGUUCUUCCCAAGGCAAUCUCUACAAUCGGCGCUAGAACAUCUGUUCAGUAUCAACGGGGUAGAACGUUUGGUUGAGCAACAGCAGAUAUUGCGAGAGCAGCAAGAUGAGCGAGACCGGCAGUUGGGUUGCCCAGGUUACAUGCGUGAKGCACGUCCUGGGAAGAUCUACCGACAUCAGCUGGACGGUGAAUGCUAUCGCCAAGAUGGUCUUCAGCGGGAGAGAGGCUGUCUUGUCCUCACCAUUAACAUAUCCCUUGACUAUGCCGAUCCAUCGCGGUCUCGCAACCGCUCUCCCCGGUCAAUGGGCCCUAUCCUCUGCCARUUGGCCGAUCUGCCUAAUCAAUACCGUUCCCGAUUGUCAUUUAUGAUGAUAAUGGGAAUAACUCCUGCUCCCAACGAGCCGCCAGGCUGCUUGCUUCAUCGACUCUUAUUGGCCUUGGGGGUCGACCUUUUAAGUGGCGAGUGCGACGGGCUUUGGAUUAGAACACCUGGGCACCCUACCGGACGCAAGGUCUAUGUCAGAAUUGGGGCCAUCUGCUGUGAUCGUCCGGCUGCGGUUGCCAUCACUGGUGUUAGCCACUUUUCCAAAGAGGACACCCCAUGCCUCAAGUGCACUGUGCCACGGAAUCGCAUGCACCUCCCGGGUCAGUUUCCCCUUCGUUCCGGCCUCGAGCACUCCCACGCGAUGCUCAACCAACAGCGCGAGUUCCUUGCCAAGUUCGAUGAAGCUCCCCAGACCUCGUACCAGACACAUGUCGCUCGCCGAGCUGGGAGAAUCACGAAGGCUUCUCAAGCGCAUGUUGAAAGGCUUGAGAACGCCGUUUUCCAGGUCCCUGGUCAUCUUUCCAUUUUUGAUCUUUUUCCAAACCUGGACAAACUGACUCAUUCCGUGGUAGACCCUAUGCAUGCGAUUCUGGAAGGGGUAUUACCAUACUACAUCCGGCGGGUCUUGAUUUUGGGGAGAUUCUGUGGAAUGCCACCGUCAAAUUGGCGUCAAGAGGAGGAUGAUGAUGUGGUGAGUGUCCACUACUCAGACGGUGAAGGAGAAGGCGGGAAUCUGGACGAGCUGCGAGACAUGCAUGAGCGAAUAAUGGAGCGGAACGCAUCCUCCGAGAACCCAAGGCAGGUCGCGACAUAUGAGCGAGUCGCUAGAGCAGUCCUUGGUAGAGAGGAGGCUGAUGGAAAGCCGGUUAUCCCCAAGAAGCUUCUACCCCGUAUUGAAUGGAUGAUGGAGCAAGUCGUAUUACCCCCUUACAUCGACAGCAUUGGCAAGGGGUUCUUCACCAAGCAAAAGAAGCCUACGGCUGCUCAGUGGCGCACGUUUGGAGAGAUUUUGGGCCCGCUGGUGAUGCCGUGGUUGUGGGCAGAAGAGGCGGUAAAAGGCUCACCUCUUCCAGCGGAGGAGCUAACAGCCAUCCUGAAGCUCUUCGCAAUCGUCCGUUAUACUUUCCAAUCGGCGAUUUCAGAGGCUCAGAUCACUCGGCUUCGAGAACACAUCGAUAACUUUUCAAGAUUGGUCGCCAAACUACACCCUUACCUUCCUGCUCGGGUUACAAAUUUCCAUAUUAUCCGGCACAUUCCCGACGACAUCGUUAAUCAUGGGCCUAUUUAUGGCUGGUGGCUUAUGGCUUUAGAACGCUUGAACGGGCGUAUCAAGCGUAUCAGCUUGAGCGGCCGAAAUAUGUUCCAGGAGCAAGUCAUAGCUCUUCGCGCUCUCCUCCGUGGACGAUCGGCAUUCCUUCAUCURAAUAAGGUGUUCCUCUCAGAGGCAGCCGUGAACAACGAGGCCUAUCUGGAAGAGGUGCUGGAUGGGUUCAAACAAGGAGGGAUAGACCUGCGCGUAGACRAUGAGCUUGAAACCCUCCGCCUCUUCGACAACAGUGGCCUGGACCAGCAAUUCUCAAUUGAUCUUCUCUCUCGAGGUCGGAGAACUCAGGCCACCGAAGAUAAGGAUGUUUUCCGCCAUUUUCUCACAUUCAUUCGCUAUCCUUUCUCGGAAAGUAUCAUCAAYAGGUACGAAUUCCAUCAUGAGCUCGCCGUUCGAGGCUACUCUUUUCGACCUAUCGAUCCAGAAUUCAAAUGGAGCUGGGCGAUAGACGCUGCAGCAGAGCUUCCCGGUCUCCUAUGCAAAAAGAACGCCCGWUCUUUUCUUGAAUGUCGCCCAGCUAUUCGUCGUUUUGCYGAGGUCCAUGAACAAACCAUGACGGGUAUUCUGUGGUGUGUGUUUUCCCAUACUCGCCGAACGAGAGAUGGAGCCAUACUUUCCGAAAAGCUAUAUGGUGUCUUCAGAUGGCUCAAGUGGAGGCCUCUUGGUCAGAACAASGGCUACGAGUACAUUCAAGAAAAGACGUUGGACAUUCAAACGUUCGCUGAAGAUAUAUUGUCUCCCCCAUUCUUCUUCGAAAUUAAUGCUGUCUCCAUCGGUCGCUUGCAUCCUGUCGCUCUGGUCAAGGUACCUGUAGUUCCCAACCUACCUUCUGGCCGGGGGUUCAUCGUUACAAUCCCCAUAGCUCGUCACACGUAGAUCCAUGUYUACAUGCAUGAAAGGUCAUGGUUGAGAUAUAUGCCCCACGCCUCAAUACUCAAGGUCGACCACAUGCCAACGCAAAGCYACUUAAUUUCCCCCUCUCGCUUUGGUUCGGCGCGUACUAUUAUUGCAUACUAUUAUUACUAGUACUACUCAAGUCUCCUCUGCUAACCCAACCCCCCUGAGCCUUCACGUCCUCCGACUCUCAAAAGUCCAGAUAACUGUCGUGGGCUUCGAGAUCUGCAGAGUCGGUGUCAACCCCRCGUUCGCCAAAMAUCAUUGAAUAGCCGCCAAAGCUAUCCAUUUCCCCAUCUCCAUCCAUCGUUAGCUGAGGAUGGGGACCACCGUCACGCUCAGAAGCCAUGGCGUCGUCAAUAUACUCCGYCAUGCUUCUGAACCGAUUCAGGGAGAUAGCUCUGUUCAGCCUGUAAUGAUACGGUGAACAAUCAUACCCCCGACGGCUCUUCCACAGGGUCUUGAGCUUAUCUUCGCUGAGGCAAGGCGGAAGGGCAAGAUGUUUCUUAACCCUUUCGAGGAGACCAGGGUGCUGGGUUUGGAGAAGAUCGAGAAGAGGGGGUAGACGGGAGGUUGAUGAGAAGGGAUCGAAGGGGACAUCGGUGUAGUCGGGGACAGAAGGUGAGUGGACCUUGGCUAUCACAUCCCAAUUCACCAUGCUCUUGGUACAUUGCAACUUGGGCUGGAACAAAUCGGUGCUGUCAUCCGUAUCAAUAUACCUGUCGGCAAGGCGGAAACCUGACGAAUUGAUCCUGUGAAAGUUAAAUGGGAGGUGGAAGAUAUGGGUGGUUGUGUGGCUCGUCUUCCGGAGAGAGGAUUGCCAGCAUUCAUACGCGGUCCAAACAGCAAGACGUACCUGCAUUGUCUGUCAGUAUAAGCUACUGCUGAUUGUAGGACUAACUCACCUCUUCGGACCACCACCAUGGCUCAUAGACCAUCCAACCCGGAUUGUCCACUUUGGUACCAUUGUAAAGGUCACAUAAGAGGAGGAACUCGUCGUACUCUAGGUCGUCAUCCUCAAGAUCAUCAAUUCCGUCACCGUCAGCCGCGACAUUCUCGGUAUACCUCAAGAAGUUUUGCUCUUCGGACCGGUCGAUGAAGUGGACGGCACGUAGGAUUCCGUCACCGGCGAAUAAAGCAUUCCGCAAGUAGGACGCCUCGCGGCAUUUGCUGAGAGGGAGCGACUCCCAGUUUUUCUUGAUCCACUGACGGAACUGCAAGGUGGCAUUAGUGACUGACCCGCGCCUGAGAAACUGACCAAAUACUCACAGUACGCGUCCUUCCCAGGAUCCUCUUCUCAUCCGCCUCCUUCUUGGAUUGCUUACCGCACUUGUGUUUGGCGAUGUUCUCCAAGUAGGCCACCACUCGAUCCCUGGUUUCCUCCGUCGAAGGACACUCGAGUUUAAGACUCUUCCUAUCGCCUUCACAGGCCUUGACAGCUGCAUCGACGAGGUUACCGAAGCUAAUUCCGAGAAAUCAGUAGCUGCGACGGGAAAGGUCCUAAAGAUGCUACUCACAAGGCGUUCCUCAAGUUCUCCCAGUUUGGCCUCCAUACGAUCUUCCUGCUUUCGGGAUCUUCGACAUAACCGUUAGGAGCUUCCUCGGGAUCGUAGUUGGGCCAUUUGUCUUUUGAAUACAGGCUUUUGUCACCGGAAGGAGGCAUACCGAUGAUCCUGCGCACGUUUGCGUGGACCCAGUCCUACAUUCAAGGCAAGCAAUGAGCUCAAUUCAUCAUAACCAACAGUCAGAACUCAC